UCUGACCAUGGAAAGGUGUUGUUGAGUUGUUCAUCUGUGAUUAAGUUUAGUGUUGUGGUGUUUGUGUCAUUGCUUGAACUGUUUUCUUGGCUGAAGAGAUAUCACUGGUUGUAUUCCCCAUCCAAUUUGUGUGAUUGGGUUGGGAUUCUAGCGAAG